CAGCCCAAACCCGGAAGUGACACCAUAGGUUUGACAGAUGAGUUGGAAGUAAAAUGAAAACAGCUACCGCUUAAUUUUAAGAUGUUGCCGAAACAGCACACUGAGGAAUAAUUGACAUCCCGGUUCUGAGGACGUUCUGAUCUGGAUCCCGGACCUGAAGAUCAAGAUCUUAGACUUACUAUGCGUCUGGAAACGCUGCUCUGUGUGGGAGGCAGCACACGGACUAUGACGUCUCCCAACCCCGCUUGGCUGCUCCUGUUCAGCUUGUUGUUGUGUGGACGUUUCGCGUUUGUUUCAGCCUGCAAACAGGAGCCCGAGACCCCAGACUGGAGAUUGACACUCAAAACUAUUCGUAACGGAAUUCACAAAAUCGACACGUACUUGAACGCAGCUCUUGACUUGUUUGGCGGGGAUGACGGGCUGUGUCAUAACAAAUGCAGUGAUGGUUACAAACCUAUAGCUCGUCCUGGGUACAAACCUUCACCACCAAAUGGAUGUGGUUCCCCGCUCUUUGGAUUUCAGUUUGAUAUAGGUAUCCCAUCCAUGACCAAGUGUUGUAACCAACAUGAUCGCUGCUAUGACACCUGUGGUCGUGAGAAGCAUGACUGUGAUGAGCAGUUUCAGGAGUGUCUGGAGACCAUCUGCAGAAAUGUGCAGAGGACUCUGGGGUUAGCCCAGUCUGUCCAAGCAUGCGAGUCUGCAGUAACCCUCCUUUUCGAUGCCGUCAUGCACUUGGGAUGCAAGCCGUACCUGGACAGCCAGCGGGCCUCUUGUGUGUGUCAGUAUGAGAUGAAGCGGGAGCUUUGAUACUACAGAGACUGGCACGGACACACUAGGAAGACUAAUUAAAGAAGACCAAGAAUAAAGCUCUUUAUCUAAAUAUGUAGAUUUACCUCAGGGAUACAACUCCUACUGAUACUAAGUUGUUCACCUUCUUUUAUAGAGAAGAAAAUUCUAAUAGUUAUAAGUUUAUAAACUAGAUGUACAAUGACGUUAGUUUGUGGAUGGUUUAUGCCCUGUCUAUGUAAAUGUUUGGAAGUGGUUUGCUAAAGAUUUUGAUUUUUUUUGUUAUAGGACAUUAUAGGACAACAUUAAACUAAGAAAACAAAAGUGUCCAGGUCUUUACCUGGUCUUUUACCAACUAUUUUGCAUCAAUAAAAUUACCUUCUUGCCAGAAAA